GUGUGUGUGUUUGUGAGCCAAAACAACAAAAACCCAUUUUUUUCACAGAGAGAAGAAUCAUCUUGAUUCAAUGUUGAUACAGAGCAUCCUCUGUUAGGGUUUUUUCUAGGGUUUCUUCCUUCUUUCUUUCUUUCAGAUUAGUUUCUUAUUGGGUUGUCCGUAGAAUCAGAAUUUGGAUUUGGUUCAAUCUUCUUUGUGAAAACAAUCAGAUUUUGAUUACUGGGUUUUUUAAAAGACUGUUUUUUUUUCCCUAAUUUUGAUUUGCUUCUUCUGGGUAUUGUUAAAGAGACGAAAGAUUUGGGUUUUUGUUAAGAAAGGAUGAUUUCGUCGUUGAUGGUAUCAGCUAUACAGGUAGCAGAGCUAUCAGUUAGCUCUAUUGUUCAUAUGGUAUAUGGGCUUUACAUAUUCAGCUCCGCUGUCGCCGGAGAUCUUACUCAGACGUUGACUGAAUCAAUCUUCAAACCCAAAGCCAACAUUGAAGUCAAACGAAUUGACCAAGAGAAGACGACAGACGUCAAUGCUUUGCCUCCUAUUGUUUUGGUUCAUGGGAUUUUCGGAUUUGGGAAAGGAGUAAAUUUUAGUCUUAGGGUGUAUUUUGCUGAUGAAGGAUGUGUUUGGUGUUUUUGUAGGGCAAGAGAAUUGUUUUAUUAUCUGAAAGGUGGAUUAGUUGAUUAUGGAGAAGAUCACAGUAAAGCUUGUGGACACUCUCAAUUUGGUCGUUUUUAUGAAAAAGGGGAAUACCAAGAAUGGAAUGAAGAUCAUCCUAUUCACUUUGUUGGUCACUCUGCUGGUGCUCAAGUUGUUCGUGUGUUGCAGCAAAUGCUUGCUGACAAGAUGUUUGAGGGUUAUGAGAACACGAAUGAGAACUGGGUGUUGAGUUUAACAUCAUUGUCAGGAGCAUUAAACGGGACUACUCGAACAUAUAUUGAUGGAAUACAGCCGGAGGAUGGGAAGUCCCUGAAUCCUAUAUCUCUGCUUCAGAUUUGCAAACUUGGAGUCAUAAUGUAUGACUGGAUCGACAUAUGUGUUCAAGUGUGAGCAUCCGAUCAAAACUCAGUUUGGGUUUGUAUGUUUUGUUUUUUUUUUCAAGUUUUUAUAACUUUGUAAUUUUUUUAUGUUUUUUAAU